AUGUCGCUGGGGGAGCGGGAAAUCGCGCGCGCCGGCAACAGUCGAGGUCCGCGGUGCGCAAGUACUUUGGAGGGGGAUAUUGUAAGAGGCAGCAGUCGGCCCAGUCGCGCCACGCCGGCCAUCCUGACGCGCGCCAAGCGCCGCCGUCCGGAACACAGUCCGCCUCCGGCCAUGGAGGUGCAGCUCGGCGCGCAGUUGGGCGAGGCCGAGUGGGUCUCGCCGGCGGCAGCCAAACCAGCACGGCCUCCAGCACCCGCCUGCAGCGCGGUCCGGUUUCGCGAGCAGCAGGGUGAUGCCGCCACAGGUGCGGCAGCGCGUGCCGCCACUGCCCGAGCUGCGCUGGACUGA